AUGCGAGCCUCACAAAUUCUCGCCAUUGUGGCUGCCCUGCCUUCCACUCUCGCUGCAUACAAGGGCUUCAAUUAUGGUUCCGCGGGCAACGACCAGUCUGCCUUUGAAGGUCAAUUCAAUUCGGCCAAGGCUUUGGGCUUUGAUUCUGCCCGUCUGUACACCAUGAUUCAAGACGGAACCACCAACACUCCCAUCUCUGCCAUCCCGGCAGCCAUCAGCACCGGCACAUCCCUCUUGCUCGGCUUGUGGGCCUCUGCUGGGGACGCCAUAUUCGCCAACGAGGUCGCCGCACUCAAUGCCGCCAUCGCACAAUAUGGUUCAGCUUUCACCGACUUGAUUGCUGGCAUCAGCGUGGGCAGUGAAGACAUCUACCGCAUCACCCCGAUCGGCAUCGAGAACAACUCUGGUGUCGGAGUGGGCCCAGCCACCAUUAUCAACUAUAUCAACCAAGUUCGAUCGGCCAUAGCUGGUACCUCGGCCGCAGGAAAGCCCGUUGGUCACGUCGACACCUACAAUGUGUGGACCAACUCCAGCCAAAACGACCUGAUUGGAGCUUGCGACUUCCUUGGUGUGGACGCAUAUCCUUAUUAUGAGACGACCAAAGCGAACAGCAUCGACAACGCCAACGCUACCUUUUGGGAUGAUUAUGACGUGACGGUUGCUGCCGCUCAGGGUAAGCCUGUCUGGAUCACUGAAACAGGUUGGCCCGUGUCGGGUCCCACCAGUGGACAAGCUGUUGCUUCGGUCCAGAAUGCACAGACUUACUAUGAUGAGGUCGGAUGCACAGCGUUCGGUGAAGGCGUCAACACCUGGUGGUACAUUCUUCAGGACACUGGCGCCAGUCCCAGUUUUGGGCUUGUGGGCGCUGGUUCACCUCCUCCAACCACGCCACUGUACUCUCUGAGCUGCUAA